AUGCCUAUUGCACUCUCCCAACCGAGGAAUGCGCAUGACACCGUGGCAACGCGGCCGGUGAGGUGUCUGCGGCGAGCGACCAUCGCGCUUCUGUUCCUCUGCUGCACGGUUGCGUGCGGUGCACGUGUGGCGGCCGCACCAACUGCAAACGAUGUCGACCCGCGUGAAGAGUACCGCUGCCGUGCAUGCGUCGCGAUCGCCACCGUAUUCCAUGCGGAGUUCCUGCAGCCGGCCGCGCUGACGCAGGAGCAGAGCAGCGCCGGUUCCCGAACUAGCAGCGAUGCGGUACGUGCCGGGGUGCGGCAGCGGCUUGUGGUGGACGUGCACGACGCUGUCGACGGCCUUUGCAGGCGUGUGCGGGAGCUCCACGGGGCGGAGAACGCGCUGCAGCAGCAACGCCGCUCGGGGGGCGGCGGCGACACGAGUCCGCAGCGUCUGCGGCUGAACGCUGACGACGUAGCGGGAUCGCGACGGUCCGUGCGGGAUCGCAUCAACGCGGUGUGCGACGACGUGCUGGAGGACGUCAAUGAGCCGCUUGCGCAAGAGGCGUUCGUGAAACUGAUGCCCGAGCGUGUGAAGAGGAGCAGCAGGGACGAUGCGGCGGUGGGUAGUGAGAGCGAGUACCGCCUUGGCGAGGUGGGUGCGUUCUGCGAGCGGCAGAAGCUGUGCGAGCCGUACAUCGCGUAUCACAUAACGCAAGAGGCGGCGGUAGCGCGGCGGCUGCAGCAACGCAUGGCUGAGCAGCAGCAGCAACAGCGUGAGAAGUAUGGGGCCUUGUUAUACACCAUGGAGCGGUUGCAGGCGGUCCUCCUCUUGGCUUCAGCUGAGCACUCCGCUCUCCUGGUGGGGUGCGCAGUGCUCCUCACAACAGUCAUGGGUCUCCUGCUGUUCGCGUGGCGGCGAGGAGGCGUGGCGGCGGCGGCUCCUCGCAAAGUACAUUCCAAGAGGGAUUGA